CGAGUGGCAGCUGCUUUGGUUUGGUUUGGGUGAAGACUCUGACGUGUAUGGGUCCUGUAUGAAGUCGGUGGUCGCAGCCUUCACAACGCCGCCUCACUUGACGUCGCGUUCGCGCCCCAGUCUUUCACCAGCUCUGAUAGGGGUGCUGGGUCGUCGUCCAGUGACGGGAUCCCUCGGUGCGUCCUCGGUGCAGUCCCAGGGUUCCUGCGGGACCAGCCGUGGCCAGGGACAGCAUUGCAAUGGAGGGUGCGAGGCCAGGCAGCAGCAGCGGCGGCAGCGGCAGGAACAGCCUGGAGCAGCAGACGACCCCAGGCGUGAGGACCUACACUUGUGACCACUGCGGCAAAGUGUGCUCCACCAAGGCUGCCAUUGCCAGACACGUCCUCUCCCAUGCCGGCAAGACAAGGCUGAGAGGCAGGAGUGGCCCCACUGAACACACUGCCACCCACACUGGCGACAGGAACCACAAGUGUGACUGCUGUGGGAAGACGUUUGCCUGGAAGAGUCAUCUUGCCAUACACAUCCUCACCCACACUGGGGAGAGAAACUUCCAGUGCCUGGAGUGUGGGAAAAGAUUUACUCAAAAGAGUAGUCUUGCCACACACACCCUCACCCACACUGGGGAGAGAAAGUUCCAGUGCCUGGAGUGUGGGAAAAGAUUUACUCAUAAGAAUGGUCUUGCCAUACACAUCCUCACCCACACUGGGGAGAGAAAGUUCCAGUGCCUGGAGUGUGGGAAAAGAUUUAUCUGUAAAAGUAGUCUUAACAGACACAUCCUCACCCACACUGGGGAGAAAAAGUUCCAGUGCCUGGAGUGUGGGAAAAGAUUUACUCAUAAGAGUAAUCUUAACAGACACAUCCUCACCCACACUGGGGAGAGAAAGUUGCAGUGCCUGGAGUGUGGGAAAAGAGUUACCUGUAAAAGUCAUCUUUACAGACACAUCUUCACCCACACUGAGAAGAGAAAACGACCAAAAUGAUAGAUGUUGGAGUCCCCACUGACUCUGGCCUCAGUAGAGAUGAAAGGUAAAAAAAUUAAAAAUAUCAAGACCUAAAAAAAUUAGCCGCAAACGUGGUCACUGAGGGACAUCAGUGUGGUACCAGUGGUGGUGAGCUGCCUACACUGGUGUACACAAACAUGGCAAACACCUCAAUAAAAGUACAAGAAUUUAAUAAGGUUCUUGUCUUUCACCACUAUUCUGUCCACCUCCCUGAUGCAAGAGUUAACCAGUAUUCUCAGUCUUUCACCACUAUUCUGUCCACCUCCCUGAUGCAAGAGUUAACCAGUAUUCUCAGUUUUUCACCACUAUUCUGUCCACCUCCCUGAUGCAAGAGUUAACCAGUAUUCUCAGUCUUUCACCAUUAUUCUGUCCACCUCCCUGAUGUAAGAGUUGACCAUUAUUGUCAGUCUUUCACCACUAUUCUGUCCACCUCCCUGAUGCAAGAGUUAACCAGUAUUCUCAGUCUUUCACCACUAUUCUGUCCACCUUCCUGAUGCAAGAGUUAACCAGUAUUCUCAGUCUUUCACCACUAUUCUGUCCACCUCCCUGAUGCAAGAGUUAACCAGUAUUCUCAGUCUUUCACCACUAUUCUGUCCACCUCCCUGAUGCAAGAGUUGACCAUUAUUGUCAGUCUUUCACCACUAUUCUGUCCACCUCCCUGAUGCAAGAGUUAACCAGCAUUCUCAAUCUUUCAUCCAUUUCACUGGCACACUCCUGAACUCCCUGUCUGGUCCUGUACUGCCCGUGCCUUUGACUUGAACUCUUUCAGGAGGGAGGCUUCAACACACUUAUCCCUCAACUUUGGAUUAACC